AGAGACAAUGCCUCGCCGCAGAAAGAAAACAGGCGAGCAGAAGCGUCCUCUGAUGUUUACGGAGAGCCCGUGUGAGGGACCCCGGCACGACACCACCAUGGUGUCCGCCGCACACAGCCCGGUCACCGCUGAUAUCGUCAUGGUGGACCCAAAUGACACUUCGGCGUGGGUCUCUCCCCAGUUUCGAACCAGCCAGAUGACCUGCAGUGAACCCAAACGUAGGAGACGGGGAGCCAAGAAGACAUCUAACAACCAAAGCGCCAUGGUCGGCAGACGGAAACGAAAUCCAACCGGACAGGAAAACAUUUGUGCUGCUCAAACAAAUGACAUCAAGACGAGGUUAAAGUACGGCACACUGAAGUCUGAAGGAGAACAAACACAGACUGACUUUUCUUCAAGUAAUGACAGUACACUAGAAGAACUGGACAUAUCAGAGGAAGAGGACGACCCAAAAUGUCCUGAAGAACAACUAAGUACACCCAAUAGAAUGGCUGAAAAAGGUUUAAGAUGUGUGUCCAAAACUACAGACACUGAUCUAGAAAACAGAACUAAUAGAGAGCCCCUCCUUCCACCUAAAGACUGGACUGGUAACAUGAACACAGCUGCCAGGGAUGUUUUGGUUGGAGACACCCCUGUUAGUUGUUACGGCAUGAAAGUUAGUGCUCGGAGAAGACAGGAACUAUUAAGGGCUAAGAAAUUCCCAAGUUUAGAAUAAAUCUGAGGUUUCAUAAAUCUAUGGGUUGGAUUAUCAGAUCCAUGUAAAAAAAGUAUUGAGUACAGCUAUAAUUUGCAAGAGAUAUUGUCAUAACCAUGAUGAAUUAUCAAAAGGACAAAAUGUGUAAUAAGGCAUGACUUUAAAAGUGAUCAUGUUAUGUAAUGCAAUUUGAUCUUAUUUUUAUUAAAUGUGCAUAUUAGAUAUGGCUUUCAAUUAAUUAUGUUAACUUGAUGUGAGCCCCGUGCAUACAAAGAACAGGACUGAUAGGCACAUUGUAUCUUCCCUGCAAGUUGGAUGAUGUUAUACUGAAGCAAUAAAACUUCAUUAAAGUAAGGUAGAUGUAGAAAGGGAGGCUACAUUCUUUUCAGAUUUUCACUUAUUUGAAGGUAAGCCAUUUCUUUUUAGAAACAAGAAGAUGCCGAUAGAUGUAUUGGAAUUCGGAACCUGUGCCAAAAUAUGAACCUUCAAAAGGCUGUCACACUGACGUCUAUGUUGAUGUUAGACAAGCCAAAUGAUAGACAUGCCCACAGCACACCAGGAGUACUUGACUUCUGUAUACAUACGCUAGUCUGUGGGGACACCUGUUGGUCAAAAUUAUUUCUGCAGCACUGUCGC